AUGCAAACUAUUCGGUACGUGGACAAGAUUCAAAUUUUAUUCGGCUUCACGGAUCCUGUAUAUACGGGUAUCAGACAUAAGCGUAUACGCGAUGAACGCUAUGAUGAGUUAAUCGAAAAUUUCAUGCAAGCUGUUACAGAACGCUACGGGAACCAUUGUUUAGUUCAAUUUGAAGAUUUUGGAAAUCAUAACGCAUUUCGUUUACUUGAACGAUAUCAAGAUUCGUACUGCACUUUUAAUGAUGAUAUACAAGGUACGGCAGCUGUAGCGGUAGCCGGCUUACUGGCUGCCGGUCGUAUUACAAAGCGUAAGCUUACAGAUAAUAUAUAUCUUUUCGUCGGCGCUGGUGAAGCAGCAACCGGUAUUGCUCAGUUACUGGCAACAUCAUUACAACUAAACGGAUUGGAUGAGAAAGAGGCCCUGAGUAAAAUGUAUAUGUUCGAUAAAGACGGAUUAUUAACACAUUCACGCCAAGAAGGUUCACUGACAGAUCAUAAUAAAGUUUUUGCGCGUGACGACACAGAAAAUAUAUGUAAACUGGAAGAUGCAGUGAAAUUACUAAAGCCAACAGUUAUUAUUGGUGCAUCCGGGCAAGGUGGAAUUUUUACAGAUGCUAUCCUUCAACAAAUGAUUAAAAAUUCUGAACGGCCAAUUAUAUUUUCGCUGAGCAAUCCAACUUCGAAAUCUGAAUGCACCGCUGAAAGAGCAUAUAGAAUUACAGAGGGUCGAUGCGUAUUUGCUGGCGGUUCACCCUUCAAUGAUGUUUUACUUAACGUUUCUGGCAAAGAAGUGCAUUUCCAACCCGGUCAAUGUAAUAAUUCUUACAUUUUUCCCGGUGUGGGACUGGCCAUUACACUGUGUCAAAUCCGUCCAGUUUUACAAGAACUUUUCGUAAUCGCUGCUGAAUGCUUAGCAGAUCAAGUCGACGAAAAAGAUCUGGAUGUUGGUCGUGUAUUCCCACCGUUAAGAGAUAUACGCAAUGUUUCGUUGGCUAUAGCAGUACAUGUUGCAAAAUAUGCUUACUCGAAAGGUAUUUGCCAUUAUGAACCACAACCUAAGGAUAUUGAACUGUAUUUGUCUCAAAAGAUGUAUGAUCCAAAUUAUUUACCAGUUAUGCCUGAUGUAUACGAUUGGCCACUUGGUGUCACUGAUGCGGUCUCAUGA